AGUUUGGAAUUUACAAACAAGAAAGAUGUGUUGCUUGGAGCUGUUGUGUUGCUGUCUUGGCCCUAAGGCUUGUGGGAUAUGCUGUCCUGGUGAUAAUAUCAAUGCCAAGUCCUCGAUAACCACUCGUUUCAUGUACAUUGCCUUCUUAGUCUUUGUUGUUAUCGUAUCCUCUAUACUUCUUGCACCCUCCAUUGGAACUGCUGUUGAGCAUUCUUUUCUCUGUAAGCUCAAUAUUGAUCUACCAGAAGCGACAAUUAUACCAGAGUCAGCUACUCUCCCGGGUGGUCCUACUUUCACUACUACUGUCCUUCCCGAUAACGUUACUGUAUAUGAUGAGUCUGCAGUCUGUCGUAUUAUAUUUGGUUAUACGUCAGUCUAUAGGAUAUGUAUGGGCACUGCCUCUUUCUUCUUUGUUAUGAUGUUAAUGAUGUUGUGUGUCUUUAGCAGUCGUGAUCCUAGAGCUUACAUUCAAAAUGGGUUUUGGUGUAUCAAGUGGACAAUAGUAAUUGCUAUUGUUAUUGCUUUCUUCUUUAUCCCUCGUCAUGGACUAGUUUUCUCCCAAGUGAGUCUUGUUAUUGGAAUGAUCGGUGCUUUCAUUUUCAUUAUAUUACAAGUUGUAUUCCUCAUUGACUUUGCACACAACUGGGCUGAAUCAUGGUUGGAUAAACAAAAAGAAACUGAAAAUAAUUUGUGGUACGUAGCUCUCCUAAUACCAACAAUCAUAUUCUAUUUAAUUGCACUGGUUGGAAUCAUUCUAUUAUUUGUUUUCUUUGUCAGACCUGGUGGAUGUGGUUUGAAUAUAUUCUUCUUGUGCUCUAUAUUUAUUCUGAGUGUUGCGGUAUCUAUUAUUGCUAUAUUGCCUCCAGUACAGAAUGCUCAACCCACAAGUGGUCUUUUGCAAGCAUCAAUUGUUGCUCUGUACACAACUUAUUUAACUUAUUCUGCUCUUUCUAAUGAACCUUAUGGAGAAGGUUAUGACUGUCCUCUUUCCAGUAGCAACAGCACUGUGGGUCAAGUAAGUAAUGCUUUUGGUAAGGAUACCAAUGAGGUAGUCUCUUCUGUCAUUGGUAUAUUGGUAAUGCUUGUGACAGUGGUAUAUGCCUGCGUUUACUUGUCAAAUAACAAGCAGCUUCAGAAACUUCGUGGCAAUCACAAAGACGAGUCCGAGGGUUUUACCGUUCUUUGCUGUGAUCAAUGUUGCCCCGAUGCAACAGAAGCACAAGAGAUAGAUGAUAAAGACACAGACACUGAUGUGAAAGAAUCCAAGAUGAAAGUGACCGAUGAUGAGACUGAGCAUGUCACCUACUCUUAUUCCUUCUUCCACUUCAUGAUGGUGAUAUCAAUCCUUUUUGUAAUGAUGCAACUGACUAAUUGGUACAAUCCUGGUAUAGCUGAGUCUGACAGGUUCCAGAACACAUGGGCCUCAGUUUGGAUUAAGAUGUCGUCUGCUUGGCUGUGCUUUGUUGUGUACCUCUGGACACUAUUGGCUCCUCUUAUUCUAAGGAACAGGGAUUUUGGUUAUGGGGCUGACUAAAGAAAGAAGAACAGCUACAUGUACAUUGUAUUUGCUAUUUUAGACAGUUUAUCUUCUCAUUGUUUAGUUAGAUAUUAGUUAAUUCCUCAUGUGUAUUGCAUGUUGUUUUAAUUUGUUGCUCUUUAAUAUAAUCAUUGUGUUUAAACUUAAAA